GGGAGGGGUACGGGAACGCGCUGAGAAGGUUGACCUAGCGAAUGGGCGGUGCUUGUCGGAGGCUACUGAGGUAUUGGGGAAAGACUCAUAGGGCAGCGAUAAAGGUGAACGUUGGGUACGGGCAAAUCUAACUAGUGGGACACACUGACAUGGUUAACAGCCAUAGAACUAUAUAUAUCUACGUGUGAGAUAAUAAGGACCGGAAGUGGGGCGGCAGGGUGAUACGGCUACAGUGUCGUUGUGAGUCACCUCAAGCUGGGAACAGAGACCGGCAGAGAAAGGGACUCCCGUACAGGUACACACAGCCAGGCCGGGGACGAAGUGUCUGGAGACCCACUGAACCCUGGAAGUUGCUUCCUGGCCAUGGAGCAUCAGUACCUACAAGCAGCCAAUCGAUAUCAAGUGCUUCAGAAUGAGGAUGACUCAUCAGAAGCACCAACUGUAGAACAACCCUCCACCUCUAUGCAACCGUCUCAGGCUGCCCAAAUCACAUCAUCUGCAUCAGAUGUCUCUCCUCCACCCUACAGCAGCAUUGUUGCUGGAACAACUACAGAUACAGGUAGUGACUUCUAUCCUGUGCCACCCCCAUAUAGUGUAGCAACUACACUUCCAACUUAUGAUGAAGCAGAAAAGGCAAAGGCUGCAGCAAUGGCAGCAGUAGCAGCUGAAGCACAAAGAGAAGAGGAAUAUCCACCAAGGGAUGACUUCAGUGAUGCUGAUCAGCUGAGAGUUGGGAAUGAUGGGAUCUUCAUGCUGGCAUUUUUUAUGGCAUUCAUAUUUAACUGGAUUGGAUUUUGCUUAUCCUUCUGUAUAACCAAUACAAUUGCUGGACGUUAUGGAGCUAUCUGUGGCUUUGGGCUCUCGCUAAUAAAAUGGAUACUGAUUGUCAGAUUUUCUGACUAUUUCACUGGAUACUUCAAUGGACAAUAUUGGCUUUGGUGGAUCUUCCUUGUUCUAGGUUUGUUACUAUUCUUCAGAGGCUUUGUCAAUUACCUCAAAGUGCGAAACAUGUCUGAAAGUAUGGCUGCUGCACACAGAACAAGAUUUUUCUUCUUAUAUUAGAGAUAGAGCCAUCCAGACUUUCCUUUACCAAUGCGAACCAUCUAGUCUACAGUUCUCCAAGUGUAUUGAUCAGAACUCUACUAAAGAUGAUGAUCAAUCCGUACAGAAGUUAAUGCUUUUCUGGCAGCUCAAUCGAAUGUUGUCUGUUUAAUAUUGUCCUUAUGUUGCACAUUUUGUAUGUGCUUAAUUUGUCUAGAGAAACGUUUACUUACAAAUCCAAUUUCAAGGCUAAAAAUGGGACCUAUAGCAGCAUGUAAAGGUUUUCCUCUUUACAAAAAAGCAAGUAGUGAGCAAAAGUGUAACCACUUUUUUUUUCUUAAUUACAUUAUCAUAUCCUUAUUGAAUUGCAUUACUGGUGCUGAAACAAAAUGUGCAUGUUGCCAGUAUCUAUUAGCCCAACAUACAUAAAGAAAUUAGACUUUACCAUUUGCUUGGCCAAAAAGUAACUGACAUUCUUAAAUGAAAAAUGUCUUAAAUAUUGAAUUAAUCAGAUUGUCUGUUUACCAAGUCCUAAUGUUAUAAUAUGUUUUUAAAUUAAACUUAAUCCAAAAUAUUAAUAUAUAUUUUUUUCUUAAAUAGCCUUAAUUUUUUUUCCUAAAAUUGGAUAGAACAAAUGUUUUUCAUCUUUCAACGCUUUUAGUCUGAUCAAAUUGUGCCAUGCAAUGUAUUGUCCUCUGCAGAUCACAGCACAUCUUCUUUAACAGCAGUAUCUUUUACUUGCAGGCAACUGAACAAAUAUACUAUAUCGCUUGUAAUUAAGAUUAGUCCCAUCUCAGUCUACCAAUGCAGAUCAUUAAUAGAUUCCAAGUCUACUAAACCUUCACUAACAUUUUAAUGUGCCUUUGCAAAAAUUCUACAAGGGCUCUUGCAAAAUCUGUCAAGAUUUCCCAUGUGGCUUUCUUUUUCAAACUUUGGCAAAAACAGGCCAAAAUGGCAGAUUGCAGGUAGGUUAUAUUGGCAUUGUGUUGACAAACAAACAUGAUCAUGCCAGGGUCAGUUUAGAAAAAAAUGUAACUGCUGAAGGAGAGCACAUAUCGGCAUUGUGUUUUCAUUAUUGUAUUCACUAGCAUACAAAUUCGGAAAAGAGUCUUCUGGAAAAAGGAUUCUUUUGUUUAUGCUUGAAGGAAGAUUUGCAAUAUUUAUUUUUCUUCUGUAUAUGUUUUUUUUCUUUUCAGUGUUUUAAACAGUUUUUUUUUACUGCCCUAUAUGUUAAUUUUUGUGUGUUGAGUUUGUUUCGCAAUUUUUAUUUAAUGCUGGGGGAAAAUCAUCUCUUUAUGUGCUGACUUCUUAACUGCAUUUGCAUGAUUUAAAGAUAAAAUGUACCUUUCAUUAAGA